AAAUUCCGGGAUUCUGUCGCGACGAACCACCACCCAACGCAGAGCCCAGUGCCGCUCGCCAGUCUCCAUCUUUGGAGUCGGAAGAAUGAGAGCGGGCCGAGAGGGAAUCCCAGUUUGGGGAUACUGGGGUACGGCGGCUGCCUGGGGACCAAAACGUCUCUAAGGAUGGAUAGAAUGACAGAAGAUGCUCUUCGCCUGAACCUGUUGAAGCGAAGCUUGGACCCAGCGGAUGAGCGAGAUGAUGUCCUGGCUAAGCGACUCAAAAUGGAGGGGCAUGAGGCCAUGGAACGCCUGAAAAUGCUGGCACUGCUUAAACGGAAGGAUCUGGCGAAUCUUGAGGUGCCACACGAGUUGCCCACCAAGCAGGAUGGCAGUGGCGUCAAGGGCUAUGAAGAGAAGCUCAAUGGGAAUCUCAGGCCUCACGGAGACAACAGGACUGCUGGAAGGCCCGGCAAAGAAAACAUCAGUGACGAGCCUGUGGAUAUGAGUGCAAGGCGGAGUGAGCCAGACCGAGGAAGGCUGACUCCCUCCCCAGACAUCAUUGUUUUAUCUGAUAAUGAGGCUUCCAGUCCCCGUUCCAGCUCCCGAAUGGAAGAAAGACUCAAAGCAGCCAACCUAGAGAUGUUUAAGGGGAAAGGUGUGGAGGAACGGCAACAACUCAUCAAGCAGCUGAGGGAUGAGCUGCGAUUGGAGGAAGCCCGGCUGGUGCUGUUAAAGAAGCUGAGGCAGAGCCAGCUACAGAAAGAGAACGUGGUCCAGAAGACCCCAGUUGUGCAGAAUGCAGCAUCCAUUGUUCAGCCGUCUCCUGCCCAUGGGGGACAGCAGGGCCUGUCCAAGCUUCCCUCCCGGCCUGGAGCCCAAGGGGUUGAACCACAGAGUCUGAGAACAUUACAGGGUCACAGUGUCAUCCGUUCAGCGACCACUACCACCCUCCCACAUAUGUUGAUGUCUCAACGUGUUAUUGCACCAAACCCAGCCCAGCUACAGGGUCAGCGGGGCCCACCCAAGCCAGGCCUUGUACGCACCACAACACCCAACAUGAAUCCUGCCAUCAACUACCAGCCGCAGUCGAGUUCUUCUGUUCCCUGCCAGCGCACAGCAUCCUCUGCCAUCUAUAUGAACCUUGCCUCCCACAUCCAGCCAGGGACCGUGAACAGAGUGUCCUCACCACUUCCUAGCCCCAGCGCCAUGACCGAUGCUGCCAACUCCCAGGCUGCAGCCAAAUUGGCUCUUCGCAAACAGCUGGAAAAGACACUCCUGGAGAUUCCACCCCCUAAACCUCCCGCUCCCUUGCUUCACUUCCUGCCUAGUGCAGCCAAUAGCGAGUUCAUCUACAUGGUGGGCUUGGAAGAAGUUGUACAGAGUGUCAUCGACAGCCAAGGCAAGAGCUGUGCUUCACUCCUGCGGGUUGAACCCUUUGUCUGUGCCCAGUGCCGCACAGAUUUCACCCCCCACUGGAAGCAGGAGAAGAACGGUAAGAUUCUGUGUGAGCAGUGUAUGACCUCCAAUCAGAAGAAGGCUCUGAAGGCUGAACACACCAACCGGCUGAAAAAUGCUUUUGUUAAAGCCCUACAGCAGGAACAGGAAAUUGAACAGCGACUCCAGCAGCAGGCAGCCCUCUCCCCCACUGCGGCUCCAGCCGUGUCCAGUGUCAGUAAACAAGACACCAUAAUGAGACAUCAUACGCUUCGGCAGGCUCCCCAGCCCCAGAGCAGCCUCCAGCGUGGCAUACCCACCUCUGCCCGUUCCAUGCUUUCCAACUUUGCGCAGGCGCCCCAGCUCUCUGUGCCCGGUGGCCUCCUCGGGAUGCCAGGUGUCAACAUUGCAUACUUGAACACCGGCAUUGGAGGACACAAAGCUCCCAGUUUGGCAGACCGGCAGCGGGAGUACCUUUUAGACAUGAUCCCUCCCCGGUCUAUAGCGCAGUCCAUCAGCGGGCAGAAAUAACGCCCGUCCACUCACGCUGCCCAGCCUCGAACCCUUCACCCCUCCUCUCCCAUCGCCCCCAACUUCCGUCGCAUGCAGUGCCUGUGCCGGUGCCCACCACGGAGAACAGAGACGCAGAGACGCAGAGAGACGCAGAGACGCAGAGACGCAGACAGCAGACACCGCCCUAGAGGCCCACAGGACGCGCCGGCCCCGCCGCCCCCCUCCCUCUCUCACCACUGCGGUCCUGCUGCCUCAUCUUCUCUGCGGUUUCCACUCACAGUGAGGUGCUCCUCACCUCCGGUGGAGGUCGGAGUGAGGUCCUGGGGAGACAUCUAAGCCCUCUGACGUGUGUUUCUAAAGUUUUUAUGCUAUAAUUAUUGUCAUUUUUAAUGAUGUUGUGUGUCCUCCCUUUGUUCAGUGGACGGUUAAACCUUUUUAUUUUCCCUCAAUAUUUUUCUUUUUCUCUUUUGUCUUUUUUUUUUUUUUUUUUUU